ACAAAUUGUAGGUCGUAAAAAGACAGUUCGGUUGGAACCUAUAUAUCAUGGGGAUCAAAUCUGUUUUUUUUUUGUUGCUCUGAAAUUUAAUUUGAUAGUUUCAGGCUAUUAGCUCUUUGAUCCAAAGAAAACCAUGGAUAUGGAAGAGCACAACCGCCUUUUACCAAAACCUGUUCCAUUAAUCACUGAAGUGAAUGCAACCCAUUUGAGAAAAGACCAGAACAAGGAUGAUAUUGUUGCUGAAGUGAAGCAGCAGCUUCAACUAGCAGGUCCCUUGAUAUGUGUUAAUCUCUUAACAUAUUGUUUGCAGGUGAUUUCAGUCAUGUUUGUGGGUCAUCUUGGGGAAUUAGCACUAGCUGGAGCUUCCAUGGCCACUUCUUUUGCUUCAGUAACUGGUUUCAGCUUGUUGAUUGGAAUGGCAAGCGCCUUGGAAACUUUCUGUGGCCAGUCCUAUGGAGCAAAACAAUACCACAUGCUUGGUAUUCACAUGCAGAGAGGAAUGAUUGUUCUUCUAGUUGUUAGUAUUCCUUUGGCUAUUAUAUGGUUCAAUGCAGGCCAAAUCCUUUUGUUCUUGGGUCAAGAUCCAGAGAUAUCUGCCGAGGCUGGUCGAUAUGCUCGGUUCAUGAUACCAAGCAUUUUCGCUUAUGCUGUUACUCAAUGCCACACCAAGUUCUUGCAAACACAGAACAAUGUGGUGCCAAUGAUGAUUACUGCUGGAAUUACAACAUUACUACACUUCUUCAUCUGUUGGUUUCUGGUGUUUAAGUCAGGUCUUGGAAAUAGAGGUGCAGCCAUGGCAAAUGCAAUCUCUUAUUGGAUUAACGCCUUGUCAUUAGUACUAUAUGUCAGAAUCUCUCCUACAUGUAAAAGCACAUGGACUGGUUUCUCUAUGGAGGCUUUUCGUGGAAUCCCCAAGUUUCUAAAACUUUCCAUUCCUUCAGCUGCAAUGUUAACGUUGGAAAUCUGGUCUUUUGAAAUGAUGGUCCUUGUAUCUGGCUUUCUUCCUAAUCCAAAACUUGAAACAUCAGUCUUGUCAAUCAGCCUUAACACAUGUUCAUUGGUGUAUAUGAUACCUCUUGGACUCAGUGGGGUGAUUAGCACAAGAGUUUCAAAUGAAUUGGGAGCUGGUAGGCCACAAAUAGCUCGUUUAGCAUUAUGUGUCGCGCUGUCCAUGGUUGUCACAGAAGGCACCUUCGUGGCUGCUGUCAUGAUAUUAGGCCACGGAAUUUGGGGCUAUUGUUACAGCACAGAAGAAAAAGUUGUGAAAUAUGUAGGACAAAUGUUGAUUUUGAUCGCAAUUUCCCACUUCUUUGAUGGAAUUCAAUCUGUGCUCUCAGGCAGUGUUAGAGGCUCUGGGAGGCAAAAGAUUGGUGCUUUUGCUAAUUUGGCAGCUUAUUAUCUUGUGGGCAUACCUGUGGCCAUAGUUCUAGCCUUUGUUUUCCACCUUGGUGGGAAGGGGCUUUGGAUGGGAAUCAUAGUGGCCUUAAUCGUGCAAGCACUGUGUCUUGCUAUUCUAACAAUAUGCACUGACUGGGAAAAAGAGGUGAAUAAUGCUUCAAAUAGAGUACAUAGCACAAAAGCUGCUAUUAGUGAUGAAUUAUCAUGAUGCUAAUUUGAUUCUAGGUAGUCUAAUCAUCAUCUCCUUCUAUUCUUCUGUGGAGGGUCAAAGUCAAACAGUGGCAGCAAUCAACAGAAAAUAAAAUAAAAUUGCAGAAGUGGUUCUUAUUAUACCAAUAGAGGUUUUCCUUACAGUAUAGUUGUCAAGUGAAUUCAUGGUUGAACAUCUAAAAUACAAGUUUUGACUUUACUAGAAUAUGCAGGACACUGUUUUUUCGUCUCUUAGAAUAUUGGCUCAAUGGAAAUAGAGUACCAAGACAUCUAAGGAAUCAGAGGACUAAUUCAGCAUGCUAUGUCUCCAUCGUCGUCGUAGUGGUGGCAAAGGCGGUGGUGGAGCCUGUUUCAGAUCAAUAGGGUGGUUGUUUGUGCUGCUGCUGCUUCUGCUUCUGCUACCAGAAAAUCUGAUUGUUAUGAGAUGGAUUUCAAAUAUCACAAUUGUAGGAAAUAAUGUGGUUUUAUGCCAGAUUUUGUUAUGGUUUUCGAAACUAAAAAAGUGUUAUUGUUUGGUUAAUUUCACUGGUU